AGCUGGAAGCCGAGCGGCACAGGCGCAUCGCUUCUUUGCUAAAAUUAUUGGAAAUAACAAGACUUGUGCCCGUCUCAGCACCUCCAGAUAAAUCCUGGUCUGGCAUGGGCGACAAGAGGAGUCCCACAAGGCCGAAGCGUCAACCGAAGCCCUCCUCCGACGAGGGGUUUUGGGACUGCAGCGUGUGCACGUACAAGAACACGGCAGAGGCUUUUAAGUGCAUGAUGUGUGAUGUCAGGAAGGGGACGUCAACAAGGAAGCCUCGUCCCGUCUCCCAGCUCGUCUCGCAGCAGCAGGUAACGCAGCAGUUUGUGUUGCCCUCGCAGCCCAAAAAGGAAAAGAAGGAGCGUGUGGAGAGGGAGAAGAACGACAGAGAGCCGGCGCUCAAGAAGAACAGUCACAAGAAGAUGAGACCGAGGUUAAAAAACAUCGACCGAAGCAGCGCCCAGCACCUGGAGGUGACGGUUGGGGACCUGACAGUCAUCAUAACAGACUUUAAGGAGAAGGCCAAGCCCUCGUCCACCUCGGCUACGUCAUCCAGCGCCGCGUCCACGGCUGACCACCACAGCCAGAACGGCUCCAGCUCAGAGAACACAGAGAAGGGGCUCUCCCGCUCCUCCUCACCAAGAGGAGAAGGGAGCUCGGUCAACGGAGAGUCCCACUGAGUCACCCUCACCUCCAAAAUCUUCCGCCCCGACCUCCACCUGCAUCUCAUCUGCAAGUCCACAGGUCACCGGUGGAGGAUCCUGCCUCGACUUAAGAGCUGCACAUUACUGACUGAAACCGUUUUGCUUUUGGAUAUUACAGUUUUCAAAGAAAUUGUGACCAAACACAUCAGAUUUCGCAAAUUUAAUUAGUUUAAAGAUUUACUCAGCACUAGAAAACUGCAUUUAGAAAGCAAUACAAAAGAACUUCUGCUCCAUCUUCAGAGUUUUCAGUGAUUUUGGACAUUUGGUGCAAUCGAAAGGAUCCCACACGCUGUCCAAACUUUGCUACUAGAAUAUUUACAAAGACAGUUUUAUUCUGGUGAAGAACUUCCUCAGAACUGACCUGAGAAUACCUGAAUAAGUGUUUGGACAAGCUCUAUGAUCCUUUGCAGUUUCCUUCAGAUGCACCUACCUUUUAAGGUUUUUCUCCGUUUUUUUUUUUUUUUUUUUAGCAUUUUUGUUAAAAUGUGCAGCCCCACCCUCGACAUCCCCUUCAGUGGCCGGCAGAGUGACCUUUUCUUCCUCAAUGUGGAAUCCUCAGCCUCUGUCAGGCGUCUGUACACCCCAUUAUAAACCUGAACCGUCUAUAAGGCACCCUCAGUGUCCCUAACACUGAACCUUCAACCUCACAGCAACACUUUGCUCCUGCUGUUGAUUACUCAGAGCUUUUACUUGUGGACUGCCUCUGCUAUGGAGUGACUUUUUUGACACAACAUAACGGCUGUACUCCUGUUGGCAACAUUUGGUGUUUUUGGGUAGUGUUUUGAGCAGGUUGUUUAGUUCAGGUAACACUGUAUAAGGGCAUCAGGCAGGUUUUGAUAAAAGCCCUCUUUAAAAUGGUGUUGGAAGGUGUUGUAAAUGAUUUUAAAGGAUAAUACCGGUGUUUUUUGUUUUCAGUUUGUGCCACUGUCAGUCAUGUUUGAGAUACAAUCAGGAUGUUUCUCUUCUAUCUUUGCAGCUAUUCAUUUUGCACAGUGUAUAAACAACAACCAAACAUCUGCAUUAAGUGAUAUUUUUGAUACAAACAUAAAAUCAUGUUAAUUUUAGUGAUGCAAAAAGCUAAGCAUAUAUAGAAUUAGCAACUCUCUGGCUAUAUGCAGCUUUUAAUUCAUUGUUUCAGUGUUCUGAACAUCACAUAGACCAAGCAUUGACCAUCAAUGCCCAGACAAGCUGCUGUAACAAUACCUGUCCAGCAUGAAAACACAGAAGAUUUUUAAGAAACCGUUUCUGGUGAAUGAAGUCAUACCAACUGCUACUGUAACUAACUAGCUACAAGCUGAGUUCAGACCACCUGUAUUAAUAUCAGUGAUGUACCACUUACUGAGAAACAGUAGUUACAGUUACCUAAUUACAAACAUAGUUACUGAUUACUUCCACCAAAAAGUAAUGCGUUACUGUGAUAAGUAACUUUAACAUUUUUUAAAUGUGUGCUUUGAAAUGUUGCCCUUGGUAAUAUGCUUAUAGCUUUUAUUUUAGCAAAGUUGCAGAAUGGAAUACUAUGAACACUUCUGAUCAACUUGACAAUUUAAAUUUGCAAUCAAAUAUGCUGUCCAGGCACGGUUGUAGUUUGAAAAAGUUUUCCUGGCCACAUAGACAGAGUUAUUUCAUAAUCAGCAGCCUGAAAGACGGUGGUGGUAAGUGAUUAUUUUUCCCUACGACAGCAAAGGCAUGACCUGCCUUCCUUUGUCUGAAGGCCCAGACACACCGAACUGGCAUCAAAGGACAAGGAGAGCCUCACAUUGCCUGUGUCUCAGCCAAAAAGCUGCACUUUAGCACACUGCAAAGACUACGGCUGAUGGCCAAGAAGCACGCAUGUUCGGUGCCUGCGUGAGGGGAAUAACUCCAUAUACCAGCAGCUGACGGUGGUCUGUAUUCAUCAUUCUAAAAGGAAAACCAGAAGACCAACAUGAGUCGCUAUUUAGCCAAUGUUAACAAAGUAUAUUUACUGUGCCCUAGCAAAAAAUAACAGUUACUAAAUGUUUCUGCUAAGGGCUCAAUGUCUGAAAAUUACUACCCAAUAUAACAAGUUUGCUUCGAUCUUGUGCCCUCUUGACUUUUGUUGUUUGCUUUCUUCACUUCUGUUUUCUUUUUGGGCACCGAGCUGAACUGCCAAUCAGAGUGAUUUCAUUCACCAACGGGUUCCAUCGUCUCAGACGCCGAUUCAACAUCUUUAAGUGGCCAACUGUGGUUUCUGAGUGUCACAGAAAUUAAACUGCCUCUGAUUGGCUGACCAUGACAUACAUUUUUAUCCUAACUAAUUUCACUCCUUUGCCUAAACCUAACCAAGCCUAUUAACGAAGAAAAUGAGAACAAGCCAGUCAGAGAGAGGGUAGGGCGGGUCAUGCUUUCAGUAGGGAAAAAAGGUAAUCAGAAACGUGCUCCAGAUAGUUGUUAUCCAGAACAGCUAAAAUCUGUCUCUCAGGGCUUUUUUUCUCUCGAGUCUAUUUUACAGUCAGUUUUGCUGACAAAAAAAAUCACUUAAUGCAGCUUCAAGAAUUGUCCAAGCUUUGUAAUUUAGUCAGCUUGAAACUUGGGUCAUGCUAAAUCUGUCAGUCACAUGUCCUUCAUGUUACACCGUGGUGACUGUCAGUCACACGAAUCCCACAGAUUAUCUACGCAAAUACAGUUACAGUUCUUCCUACAUCAUCAUAUUGCUGCUUUUUUGGCACACUUUUGAAUAGUUUAUUUCAAGCCAUCACAGUAAAGUUUUUUUCAGAGUUUAUUGUGAAAUGAUAAUAAUAAUAAGUAUUGUAGAGUGCAGUUAAGAGACUGUGGCUGUAAAUGACACCGGUAUUCUCCUUUUUAUCUGUGCUGCACCUGCUCAGUCACACAGUUGAAAACCAGAGGGUGCUUGUGCUUUUCUGCCCCCACUGCGAACCCAGUUUGGAAACAGUGCUACUACAGCGGGAAAAGGAGCUUCUGGACGUGCAGAGUUAUCAGCGGCAUAAGGUGAUGGCCUGCAGUGUGACGGACUUCAGAAACUGUUUCUCCAUUUUGACGUAGCAAAGUGGGAGAGCUUUAGAGAAUACUAAACCCCCGGCAGAACAAGUAUAGAUCAACCUAACUACACAAUAACUUAUGAAACCUGUAGAAUACUACACAGAUAAAAAUGGAUAUUUCUAAAAUAUUGUACUACAAUGUUUCGAUGUGGUUGUAUUCUCCAUCAUAGCAGUGUUAUUGUUGAGAUUUUACUUUAACAUGUUUAGCACAGAUCCUAAGAACUGUCAUGGCAUGAUAAUAUUAUGGUCUCGGUAUAUUGUGGGACAGGCUAUGUCUCUUAGUUUGUUAGCAUUGUUUCAUGUGUCAGAGACUCAUAGGUUCAGUGCACUAGCUGGGACUAGCUGUGUGGACUCGUGGGAAGUGUUCAGACGGACGUUUGUUACUCGGUUGUGGCAAAAAUGGAAUGACACUUUAAAAAAUAUGUUGGUUGUCACUUGUUUUUUGUUUGUUUGGUUUUUUUUUUGCUUUGCCAUGCUCAGUUGUUUUAAAAUGUGUGAACUUGUUUAUUACAUGUCUGAAUAAGAAAAUUCAAACAAAGGAAA